UCUGCGUCGACGCCACUUUAUUAAAGCAUUGGAAGGACCGUGUUCACAAGUCAAUUCUAUAGAACCCGCACGCGUGCUGCGUAGUGAGUGUCAUUUGCUACCAUGUGGACAACGAAAAUCUUCGCUCCCGAUAGCUCUCGCAAUGACAGCACCUGCGACGAAACACCCGAUGCGAUAGUUGUUUUCAUCGAUGAUAACUGCUCCAAGGCGAACUGUGCAGUGGCAAAUUACAGCAAGUACAAAUAUCAUGUCUCCAACACGUGUAACGUCACGGAUCCCAACAAACUCCGACGAGUACGUGGUGGUUCAGACAUACAACGAUUCAAGCUGCUCAACAUUAUCCCAAACUGCUGCAUAUUCUCUUGGAAAGUGCCUUGCCAUCAACAAUCGCAGAUCCAUUCAGUGCUUUCAAUCGCCGGCCGGCAACGUAACCGUCAAAUACUACAAUGCCACAGACUGCAGUGAGGGCAACAACUACCUUAAUGUACCGGCGUACACCAACUCGAGCGACAAUUGCGUCAAUAGCAGCUACAAGGCGUACAUAACUGUUGUCGAAAGUACAUCAACUGCGUCUCACAGCACGAGUGCCUCAGCUAGCAGCAAUGUGCCAAACCCAACGAGUACCCCAAUCGACUCAAGUGACUCAAGUGUCAGUGGAUCUCUCGAUACGCUAAGCAACGAAGCCUCCAGCUCUACUGGUCAGACUACUACCUCAACACUUGAGUCGGACAACCCGGGUAUCAGUACAGGAGCCAUUAUUGGCAUUGUCGUUGGUGUUCUCGUCGCUGUGCUGGUCGUCGCCUGGUUCGUGUGGUAUCGUCGACGAUUCACGAAGAACGGCGACUCCGACGCUGAUAAGCGUGAAGGUGCAUACGCCCAAGCUUCCUCACCAAAGUCGGAUCAAAAGAGCACUGAUACAGGUGUUACCGACUUCUCCAGCUCGAUCGGUCUCGGACCGCAGAGUCUUGCUGGGCUCUGGGACGACGAACUCAUUGCGACGUCUCGCAUUCCUCGUGAUAAGGUACUAGUGCAGCAACUAAUCAACCGCGGGGGCUACGGCGAAGUCUACUACGGACUGUACAACGGCCAGCGUGUGGCCCUGAAGACGCUUCUACCCGAGCUCCGCAAGAGUAUCAAACAUGUGAACCAGCUCCUGGAUGAAGUGAGGUUGUUGGCGAUGCUUGACCACCCUCGCGUCGUUCAUUUCGUCGGGAUCGCGUGGGAUUCCCUCUCAGAUCUCUGCAUAGUGUUAGAGUACAUGGAAGGUGGCGAUUUGCGGGCGUUGCUUGCGUCUUACGAGGCACAAGGCCAUGACGUUGGCUUCGAUCAUACCAAGGUGACCAUAGCACUCCACGUUGCGCACGCCCUCACCUAUCUCCACUCACUGGAUCCUCCAGUCCUCCACCGGGACCUGAAGUCCAAGAACGUCCUCCUCACCUCGGAUUUGCAAGCGAAGAUCACGGAUUUCGGGAUUUCUCGUGAGCGCGCUGACAAAACCAUGACUGCCGGGGUGGGAACGUCGUUGUGGAUGGCUCCUGAAGUCAUGAUGGGGGAGAGAUAUGACGAUAAGGCCGACAUGUUCUCGUUCGGUGUGAUGCUGUCUGAGCUGGACCUACACACGUUACCGUAUUCGCACGCGAAACACAACUUGAGUUCGUCGGGUCAUAAGAUGCCGGAUACGACUAUUCUACAGAGGGUAGCUUUGGGGAAGAUCCGCGUCGAGUUUUCCCCCGGGGCUCUCGAUUCGAUGGUGGCGUUGGCCAACUCAUGCGUCGCGCUUGACCCCAAGUAUCGCCCGACGGCUGCCGAAGCGCUAUACCAUUUGCAAACAGUUUUGCGAGAACUGUAA